GCGGGUGUAGAGGCCCAAAGCGGACAGUAUCUUGUCGGGAAAAGGUCCGAGAUGUUACAUGGUCUGCCUCAGUGGGACGCAGCUAUGACUGCCGAAACAGACGCCUUAGAAGCUAACCACACCUGGGAGCUUGUGAAGCGUCGUCCGAAAUAUCCGGUCAUUGGAAGCAAAUGGGUAUAUAAUGUCAAGCUUCUUCCGGAUGGCUUUCUUGAACGCUUCAAGGCUCGUGUUGUUGCUCAAGGCUUCAGGCAACAAUAUGGGGUGGACUAUGACGAGACCUUUGCGCCAGUUGCUAAAAUGCAAACGGUCCGCAGUUUACUAGCCGCGGCUGCCAUGAAGGGUUGGCGUUUACUGCAACUUGACGUAAAAAAUGCAUUUCUGCAUGGUGACUUGAAAGAAACUAUCUACAUGGAGCGUCCUCCGGGGUAUACCAAAGGUGAUAGUUCUAUGGUAUGUCUUUUGAGGCGAUCGCUAUAUGGUCUGAAACAGGCGCCGCGUGCGUGGUUUGAGAAAUUUCAGACGAAUAUUCUUCAGGCGGGAUUUGUUCAGAGUGAGAAUGAUCCCUUUCUCUUCUUGCGUACUACUGAUCGCGGUCUGACUGCACUCUUAAUUUAUGUGGAUGAUAUAAUAAUUAGCGGUGAUGAUCAAGAUAGUAUUCAGUCUUUGACACCUGUGUUACGCUUAUCGUUUAAUCUCAAAGAGUUGGGAUCGUUAUCAUAUUUUUUGGGAUUGGAAGUUGAUCGUUCGCACUCUGGGAUUCAUGUGAGUCAAAGGAAAUAUAUUGUUGAUCUUCUCGAAGAAGCUCAGAUGGACACCUGUGAGCCUUGCGGUACACCUAUGGAACAGAAUCUCAAGCUCCGUCAGUCGGAUGGGGAGCCCCUGGCCGAUGGCACCACCUAUCGCAGUGUGGUUGGGAGUUUGAUUUAUCUCACUUAUUUCCGUCCGGAUAUCGCCUAUGCUGUUCAGGUAGUUAGUCAAUACAUGUCGUCACCUCGCACAAGUCACUGGGUGGCUGUUCAGCGCAUUCUACGGUAUCUUAAGGGGACGCCUAAUGUAGGGAUGUUCUUUCCCUCUGGUGGGGAUUCUACUUUGGAAGCGUAUGCUGAUGCUGACUAUGCUGGCUGCUUAGAUACGAGGCGUUCUACUUCGGGGUGGUGUGUGAAGCUUGGCCACUCUUUCAUAUCGUGGCGCUGCAAAAAGCAGGAUCGGGUCUCAAAGUCGUCUACUGAGGCUGAGUACCGCUCUAUGAGUGAGGUAACGUCUGAAAUUGUCUGGCUGCAAUGUCUCUUGGCUGAUCUUGGGGUUGUAUGCCAGGUCCCUGUCCGACUCUAUGCGGAUAAUACUAGCGCUAUCAGGAUUGCCACUAACCCUGUACUGCAUGAUCGUACUAAACAUAUUGAGGUGCACGUGCACUAUAUCCGCCAGUUAGUGACCGAUGGUGUCAUUGAGCUCUCCUACAUCACUUCUGAGGAUCAGACUGCUGACUUGUUGACUAAGGCUGUGGCGUCGGCCUGUCAUUGGUUUUUAGCACACAAAUUGAUGCUACGUCAGCACCAUCAAUUUGAGGGAGGGUGUUAGAAUAUAGAAGUUUGUGUACUAUUAUGUAAAUAGCCUUUAUUUACUAUUGUUAGCUAUGCGGAAGAGCUAGGGUUUGGUUAUGCCUAGUAGUCGGCCAUAUAUAUUGGUGUCGGGUGGUUUACGAGACUGUACACUGAUUUUGGAGAAUAAGAGAACAAAACGCCUUGUGCCGUGGACUAGUCUCAACGUUCAAACGUUGAGGAAACCACAUAAAUCUCGUGUUCUUAUUCGUUUCCUUGGUUCGAUUUAUUGGAGUUUAACAGGCGGCGGUUUAAACGAGGGGGAGGAGUCUUGAUGAUGAUGGUGGUUUCGAGGGUGUCGGGAUGUGGUUGGUGAUGGCCGACCUGCGACAACAACGAUGAUGGUGGUUGAUUGGCACAACAAAGACGAUGAUGGGAUAACCGGGCGGUGGCAAUUGCGUUUAUGACGGUGGUGAAAUCGACUGCCGAGGAUUCGGGAUUUGGGUGGUGUUGGCCAAUCGGCGGCAACGAUGAUUGUGGAUUGCCGUGACAGAAACGAUGUUGGCGAUGACCAGAAGGCGGCUGCGGGUUGAUGACAAUGGUGAUUUUGACCGACGAUGGAUUCGAAAUUUUGGUGGUAAUGGUUGAUCACGGCAACAAGCCAACAACGCCAAUGGUGGUGGAUUUCUGUGACGGAGGGCGUUGGCUUUGCUUUACAAUGGAAGGGCAAAGAAGUGAAAGGGAAAGGAAUGAUGGCUUUUUGUUUUUGUUUUUUUUAUCUUUUAUUUCCUUAUAUUUUAUUAAUUAAAUAGUUGAACUAGACUCACUCAAUAUAUCGAAAAUUCAAGCUCUUAAUCGAUCACAAAAAUGUGGCGGCAUUGGUGUCGGCACGACACACAAAAUUCCAUAAAAAGUGAAAAAGCACACUACGUUCGCUGCUCUCGCCUUUCGGUCAUCUCCCGUCUCCUUAUAGUAAAGGUGGCAAUUCUCAAUCCAAUCCACCAAUUCAUUAAAAAUAUCCACCUAAUCCAAUCCAUUUCAAUCUAGUCCAUUUGAUCCAAAUCCAAGUGGAUUGGUGGAUUUAUGGAUUGAUCCAUAGAUCCAAAUGGCAAAUUAUGAUUUGGUACCUAUACUUUUUAUAUUUUACAUUUUGGUAGCUAGAAUUUGAUUUUUUAUACGAAAAAUAUCAUUAGAAAAUUACAUUUUGGUACCUAAUAUUUUUUAUUAUGACAUUUUAGUACCUAAACUUUUCACAUAUUGGUCCUUGGUUGAGGAUGUCAUUUGGAUUCAUGGAUAAUCCACUAAUCCACUAGAUCCAAUCCAUGAAUCCACCAAUCCAUUGAAUCCGAUCCAUUUGAUCCAUGGAUCCACCAAUCCAUGAAUCGAAUCCAUUUGCCACCUCUACCUGAUAGGGAGCUCAUCCAGUCAUCCACAAACCAUCCAUAAUAUCAUCCCUUUAAUGGUGGUGAUGCAUGUUUCUGAUAGUUUAAAAUCCCAUAAACGAUUUCUUUUUACAUAGGUUUCGUUUUGGUAAUUAAAGUAUUACUUAAGAAAUUUGAACACGAGACCUCCAGACUCUAAACUAGUGAUAUUACCACUGGGCCAAUCUCUUGUUACUAUUACAGAUUAAACGAUUAAACACCUC